GAAAGAGGAGGCACUGCAAGUCUCUGUCUUAUUGUUCUUUCUUUGUUUGUGUAUGGUUAGAAUUGUUGUAUUUAGUUUUUCUGCCUGCAAUUUGACAUGUUUAAACCUCAGGAGAAACAAUCCUGUGUUUGUCCUAUUAUUCCUCCCCGAAACCCUCCUCCGUCCCCCUACUUCUUUUCCAACCUCUCCCUUCCAUUUUAAUAAAACACAAUGACUAGAGAUUUUAUGGUAAAUAUUGCAACUUUAUUGGUGUUACAGGGCAUUUAUGAGAUGAUCUCUACUUUCUAUUUUUUUUUUGUCUUGAAUAUUGCAAAUACAAAAAAAAAUAUUCCCCACACAUUUAUAUGUAGCCUAGUAUCAUCCUGCAGUUUAGAGACGUGAAUAUUGGCAUCCAAACAUAAUAUAUCAUGGUAUCUGAUUUCCUUUGUGUUGCAUUGUUUUGUUUGUUUUCUUUAAAGAAACCAGUGAUUAUUGUAGACAGUCUGCGCAAGGAGUAUAAAGUCAAGAAAGGAGGAUUCUUUUUCAAGAAAAACAGAAAAGCUGCCACUAAAAACAUCUCGUUUUGUGUCAGGAAAAGUGAGGUCCUGGGAUUGUUAGGACCCAACGGAGCUGGAAAAACCACAUCCAUGUACAUGCUGGCUGGAGAAGUGAAGCCAAUUGCAGGAGAGGUAGUACUCUGCGGGAAUGUCCCAGCCGAGUCCCCUGGUAUUCUUGGCUACUGUCCCCAAAACAAUUCUCUAUGGCCCAAUCUGACAGUGAAAGAACAUCUGGAGAUCUAUGCAGCUGUUAAGGGCAUGAAGAAGGAAGAUGCUGGUGUUGCAAUCAGACGAAUUGCAGAAGCCUUGGAGCUUAAAGAGCAUAUGGGAAAAGCAGCCAGAAAACUGUCUCUUGGCGUGUCCAGAAAGGUUUGCUUUGCCAUAAGCAUGUUAGGUAACCCCAAUAUUGUCCUUCUGGAUGAACCUUCUACUGGGUUGGACCCCAAAGGUCAGCAGCGUCUUUGGAGAGCAAUAAGAGCAGCUUUCAAAAAUAAAGACAGAGGGGCAAUUCUGACCACUCACUACAUGGAGGAAGCUGAGGCUGUUUGUGACCGGGUGGCUAUCAUGGUGUAUGGGAAGAUCAGGUGCAUUGGAUCAAUCCAACAGCUGAAGAGCAAGUUUGGAAAAGGCUAUCUCCUUGAGAUUAAAGUAAAAGAGUCUCACCAAGUGGAUCAGAUUCACAAGGAGAUAAUACGUAUAUUCCCUCAUGCAGCCAGGCAGGACAGAUUCUCUUCCCUGCUUGUGUAUAAGAUUCCCAAGGAUAAUGUGCAGUCCUUGUCUCAAGCUUUUCUACUGCUGCAGGAAGCGAAACGGGCCUAUAACAUUGAAGAAUACAGCUUCUCCCAGUCGACCUUGGAACAGGUGUUUAUUGAGUUGGCCAAAGAGCAGGAGAAGGAGGAUUUUAGACUGAACAACACAUUUCAAUGGAGACACCUGAGGACAGAAAGUAUCUGAGGAAACAAUGGUAUAUGGACACGUUUGGAUGUUUUUAGUUAAGAAAACUAAAUAUUAUACCUGUUGAUGGCAGGUGUAUGUUUUCUUAAUAUUUAGAACCCCUAUAUCCUACUGGAAAGGAAAUGUAAAGUUCUUGAAUUAAUGUGAAGGUGGAGGUGGUGCUUGUUCUCCACUAAUUUUAUUCCCUUUUGCAAGGGAGACAAUUUCAUCUCUUUGCCUGAACCAUGUAGCAGCUAAGCAAUAUGUAGUAUACUUAUCUAAAGCUAAUGUUAAGCCCAAUAUAAUGUGACAUUCCCAACAGCAAAUGCAUUGGGAAAUAGCCCCUGCAUUCUGGGGCUAUUUAACUACCAAAGUGAAAUGGGUGCCUGAAAAUCAUUCUUCCCCAGGGGGGAACAGUAAUAUAAGGUAUUCUGAAAGAAAACGGAAAUAGAAUGAGAGCUCAAUGGACAGCCUCUCUCACAGCAACAGCUUAAAGGUGGCCAUAGACGCACCGAUAAUAUCUUACAAAAUAAAUUUUCAUAUAAUAUUUGGUGCGUGUAUGGUGGGAGACGAGCUGACCGAUAUCAGCAGAAGACUUGCAUAUCAGUCACUUGCCGAUUGGACUGGCAGGAAAAUUCUCAUCGGGCACCUUUGAAGGCACCCGAACAUCAGCCAUUGUUAGUGC